AUGGGAAAUGUGAAUCUUGACAAUCAGAACCGCGAACUGCUGUGGCACACUUUCCGGGAUUUAAUUGUUCUCGCCUGGCCAAUUUAUCGGCUUGCGGAAAAUCGUUGGUUGAAAUGGAGCCAGAAGACGGCAACAAGUGAAUCGGUUGACGUUUGCCCGAUAUGUGGCGAGGUGUUUGUAGCCCCGGUUGAGGUGGAGCUAUGCGGGCAUGCCUUCUGUUACUGGUGCAUAGCAGCCGGUCCGAGCCGAAAUUCGUGCCCAAUCUGCGCCUCAACACCAUGCACACUACGUCCCGCACGCGGAAACCGCAUAUUCCCACGCGAA